UGUCACAGUACAGUAGAGACAUACUAGAUGGCUCUCAACUCUCACAGCUCCGAACUUCGAAAACAAGCGCCUGCUUUUGAUCGUAGACUGAAAUACGAUUAGAGCGUUUGAUCCAUCAUCUUGCUCCGCUUCCCAAAGCUGCUGUUAAUCUUUUUCCCCCCUUUUUUUCUCCAUAAUCAACUCGUUCUUAACGUUCUGUUUCCAUGGCCACAGAUAGACCAACACGGUGAAUGUUGACGUUAUCACUCGAUAUGGCAUCGACGGAGCUGAACGGGUGUCUGCAGCGGGGGGACUACGAGGGAGACAACUUUAGGCUACACAUGGUGACAUGGAAUGUAGCCACUGCUGAUCCUCCAGAUGACAUGAGCUCACUUCUCCAGUUAGAUUCUUCAGAGGGUGCAGACCUCUACGUCAUUGGCCUGCAGGAGGUGUCCUCUGGGCCGUUGAGAUUCAUGUCGGAUGUUCUAUUCGAUGACCCUUGGAGCUGUGUGCUUAUGACUGCCUUAGCACCUAGGAAAUUUGUGAAGGUGUCCUCUAUCAGAAUGCAAGGUCUGUUGCUGCUCCUCUUCUCCAAACUGGAGCAUCUCCCUUUCAUCCGAGACAUCCAAGCCACAUACACGCGCACUGGCAUCUUUGGCUAUUGGGGCAACAAAGGUGGCGUGUCCAUACGUCUGUCUCUCUAUGGCCACAUGCUUUGUUUCCUCAACUGUCACCUGGCUGCACAUAUGAAACAUGCUGCCGAGCGUGUGGUCGAGUUCGAGCACAUUACCGACACGCAGACGUUCAACUGUGAAAAGUCCGAGAGAAUUCUUGACCACAGGCUUGUCUUCUGGUUUGGAGAUCUCAACUUUCGAAUUCAGGACCAUGGAAUGCACUUUGUCCGAACAUGUAUCAGCAAUCAAAACUACAGCUUGCUGUGGAGCAAAGACCAGCUGAUGAUGAUGAAGCAAAAAGAGAAGUUGCUGCAAGAGUUUGAGGAAGGACCCCUUGACUUUCAGCCCACGUACAAGUUUGACCUUAACACCGAUACCUAUGACAGCAGGCUCUGCAGAACAUGGUUUGCCUUUAAUAAGAAACGCAAGCCCGCCUGGACGGACAGAAUUCUGUGGCGCCUCAGACCUAAAGUGCUGCACACUGACAAGCAAGACAAAUAUGGCGAUGGACUGGACGCAAAAGACCUCAAGCAACUAGUUGAAGCUGAAGAAUACCCUUUAGAGAUCAGACAGGACCUGUACACUAGCCACAUGGAGUACAGCAUCAGUGACCACAAACCUGUCACUGGUAUCUUCACACUGAAGGUGAAGAAGAUGUACACGUCUCCACUGGUGCACCUGCAGGCUGAAGGCGAAUGGAGUGCAGACAUUGACGCCACGUUGCUUUACAGCCCGCUGCAGCCAUUCCCUUCCAGUACAUGGGACUGGAUUGGAUUGUAUAAGGUUGGCUUCACUAGUGUGUCAGACUACAUCACAUAUACUUGGGUCAAAGAUGACGAAGUGUCCAUUAAUGAAGACGCCAUUAAGGUGUAUGUGAGUAAAGAGGAGAUCCCAGUGCGAGGAGGAGACUGUAUGCUGGGCUACUACUGUAAUACUCUGCAAUGCAUUAUUGGAAUCAGUGAACCAUUCAAGGUCCAUGAGUCCAAGGUGGCCAUCGAGGAGGGUUUACUGCAUGAGAAGAUCAACAGUCUGGAUGAAAUUGUCGCAACUGAAAACGUUCAUAACUGAGAUAUCAUAUUUUGGUCUGGUUUACCAGAAACAAACAACGCUUUUAAUACAUUUUAUGUCGAAUAAGCAGUUGAAAUGCUUCUUUAUCAUAUAGUUGCAUGGCUCCACGGCCCCAGCUCUGAUACUACCAGCAGCAGCGAUCAGUAAACUGUGUGCGCGAGGUGGCAUCAUGACUUAGUGAUGAUGCACUGCUUUGAUGUUUUGGUCAGGAAGGGUGCCAAACAAUACGCCAGAUGAUAAGAGAAGCACAGUAUGUUGGAAGCUGCCCUGUGUUGAGUGUAAAAAGUGAAAUUCUUGUACAGGUUUUCCUUGCUUCCAUAUUGCGAAAACAGGUCGGUACUAAAGCUCGUCCACGAUCGUACGCUACUCAUGAGUGUGUUUGUUGUAAAGCUGACAGAAUGCUGGAGUAGGUGAUGGACUGCAUGGACUCCAUUUCAGUUUUUAUAUCAUCGUGCUCUUUAUUUCCCUCUUAUGUUUUCAAAAGCAACGUGCAGUGUUAACUUAGUAGGAAUUCGUUGUGUACUGUAUUGUAGAUGGGAUGCCCUGACGAUUGUGCAAUCUGUAAACUGGAUAGAUACGCGUGUUGACUGUUUUUAUUGCAUUUUCACUUUUUCGUAGGGGUUCACUGUGUCGAAUCCAAUGACUGUGAAUGCGCUGCUGCCGGAAGGAUUAAUUCACUCCUUUAAUUCACUUCACGCGCUCCUGGUGGACUUGAAAACUGAUUUGAUAACAUUUGCAAAGAAGCUAGCGUCGUAGGCCAAUAGCACCGCUCACUUGUUAAAAUAUGACGGAAGUUUCGUUCAAAUGUUGAUUUAUAGAGAAUCUAAAUAUAUUGAACAGUGUUAUGUGUCAUGCUAAAAUAUAUAUUAGUUUGUUCAAAAAGGCAAAGCUGGUUUUGUUUCAGCAAGUGCCUUUUAAAGUGUUUUUCAAGGGUCUUACUGUAAAAUCCGAAAUUGUACAUAGCUUUAAAAUGUUCACCUUAAAACAUUGUUUCUUCUGCACAAUACAGUUGUUUAUAGCGGUAGCACGGUACUGUAUUUCUUUAAUAGUAACGAAAUCAUGUGAUGUGCUGUAACAGAAAGACCUUGCUGGUUUUGAAAAUGCAAUUGUUAAAAUAUAUCUACAAUGUC